GCAGCAGCAGCGGCGCGUCUGGUGGCUUUUCAUACAGAGAGGCAUUACGUACAGCAGACUCGCCAAAUCUGUACAGUCUAAUUAUCAGCGACAAAAUGGGAUAAUCGUGAGCGUCUUCAGAGAAUUUCGUGAACGGGAACUAAACGACCAAUCGAGGAGAGUGAUUUUUUUUUAUUUCCAGUCUUCACAGACGUAAGCACAAAGGGCUUUGGGGAUAAUGGUGAUAAAAAAGAUAUCACAUUAUGAACGCAGGAGAACUGGAGUAACGUACAUCGCCUCAGACACGACCGGACCGUAUAAUUUUUUUAUGGCGACUGGUUUAAUUUGAAAAGCAUUCUGAGGAGUAUUUGGUUCAUCCAGUGUGCUCUGGAGAACAGAUGCUGUCAUUGUCCUGGGGACCGAGAUUUGUCUGCAAGUGGUUUCGUCGGAAUGGUGCGAGAGAUGAGAAUGAGCGUUGCUGUAUUGUUUCCCCGCGAAAUGCUUAAUAACGGUCGUUCUGUCGUUGAACAACUCGAGCCCAACGACGACAAUUUUGGUAAAGUAACAGAAAGACUGAGACUUCUAGUGACAAUUCCAGGGAAAUCAUGAACGAAGUGUUUUGUAAACGUUUGUAUUAAGUGUUAUUGACGAAAUAUCCUUUAUUAUGAACGGGCACUGCCGACUUUUCAUACUUUCCUCAAUUUUCCGUUUCUUCAGCUAAAUUCCACUUAGUUGGAGAUACUUGACCCUGUGUUUCUGACCAAUUUGAUAUACCCUGAGCAAACACAAUGGUGGAGCCUGUAGGUUUCAUUGAAGCCUGGAAAGCACAGUUUCCAGAGUCCGAGCCUCCGAAGAUGGAGCUGAGGUCUGUUGGAGGAAUCGAACAAGAACUGGAAAAGUGCAAAGCGUCUAUUAGACGCUUGGAAAUGGAGGUGAACAAAGAGCGCUUUCGGAUGAUAUACCUUCAGACGCUGCUCGCCAAGGAGCGAAAGAGCUAUGACCGACAAAGAUGGGGUUUCAGGAAGCCACCCCAUAUGACAGAAGGAGACCCGCAAGCUGUUGGUGCCGAUGCUCAGCAUCUCCAUGCACAGGAGCACGGACAGCCCGAGCGCAGCAGGUUUCAGCCUGUGGGGGAGUCCAGAGCAAAACCACGACCACCCCCUGCCAGGAAGUCAGCCUCCCACGGUGAUGGAUUGGAGCUACAGUCAUCAUUCGAGGCACACCAGACAGAGGCUGACGGGCUUUCGCCAUCAACACAGAGGGGUGGAGUUUCCCCUCGACGACCCCAUCCACCCCCGGACAAGGAGUUGCCCUCGGAUCCAUCCCCUAAAGACAAACCAGGCAUGGGGCUUGGGGUGGCCGCCUUGCGUUCGAACUUUGAGAGAAUCAAACGGGCCAACUCGCAGUCGGCCAGCGAUGGAAAAUCAGGGCAAGAGAAACCUUUCUACACCAACGUUGAGUUCCAUCACGACCGGGGCCUGGUGAAAGUCAAUGACCGGGAAGUCUCGGACAAAAUUAGCUCUCUUGGGAACCAAGCCAUGCAGAUGGAGCGCAAAAGAUCACUACAUUCGCUUCCAGGAAACCUUGCAACAGUCGCAGGUGAUCUGCGUCCAAGGCCUGUCUAUAGAGGGCGCUCAACCGAAAGCACCUGCGGGUACGACGCCGAGUAUGAAGACGGCGAGCCCAGUCCACGCUAUGGCACUGCUAGACCAAACGGUGCCAAACCCCCACCCCCACCAUGGCAGCCGUCGGAUUUCCAGCCAUACACUAGUGUUUACGUCGGAGGGAUGAUGUCUGGUGAAGGUGGUGAUGGUAGGGUCACUAUGAGGGAUCACGGAGGAAGCGACGACCAUCUUCUCACCUGGCCCAGGAGGUCGUACUCACCCGGGAGUUUCGAGGAUGUGGGAGGCGGAGGAGGCGGAUACACGCCGGACUGCAGCUCCAACGAGAACCUGACGUCCAGCGAGGAAGACUUCUCCUCGGGACAGUCCAGUCACGUGUCGCCCAGCCCGACGACAGCCUACCGCCGCCCGCUCCGAGAGAAGAGCCGCUCACCUUCUCAGAACUCCCAGAAUUCUCAGCACUCGUUCGACAGCAGCAGUCCCCCUACGCCGCAGACGCAGAAACGGCACCGGCAACAACACGUCGUGGUGUCUGAGGCCACCAUUGUGGGCGUGAGGAAAACAGGACAAAUCUGGCCCCAUGAUGGAGACUCCAUUGCUUCCAGUCGGGCUUCCCAUGACAACAGUUACCAUGGAGAUCUAGAUGGUCCAUUUACAGGCACCCCGCCCACAUACGGUUACGACGCAGACCGCGCAGAGGAGCAACGGCGACACCAUGACAUUCUGCCCUAUAUCGACGACUCCCCCUCCUCUUCCCCUCACCUCAGCUCCAAGAGCCGCAGCAGUCGAGACACCCUCUCCUCCGGCUCAAUCGAGUCCUCUAAGUCUGCGGAGUUGGACCUGGAGAAGGGAUUGGAGAUGAGGAAAAGGGUGUUGUCUGGAAUCCUGGCCAGUGAAGAGACCUACCUCAGCCAUCUGGAGGCGCUGUUACUGCCCAUGAAGCCCCUGAAAGCAGCAGCCACCACCUCUCAGCCUGUCCUGACUGUUCAACAGAUCGAAACCAUCUUCUUUAAAGUGCCUGAGCUCUACGAGAUCCACAAAGAAUUCUAUGAUAGCCUUUUACCCAGAGUGCAGCAGUGGAGUCAUCACCAACGUGUGGGAGACCUUUUCCAAAAGCAAGCUAGCCAACUUGGAGUGUACAGGGCCUUUGUGGAUAAUUAUGAACUCGCCGUGGAGACCGCGGAGAAGUGCUGUCAAGCAAACACACAGUUCGCGGAGAUCUCUGAGAGUCUCAAGGUCAGGAGCACCAAGGAAUGCAAGGACCUGACAGCCAAAUACUCACUGGAAACUUUACUCUAUAAACCAGUGGACAGAGUGACCCGGAGCACGCUUGUUUUACAUGAUCUUCUGAAACACACACCUUCCAGUCACCCUGAUUACCCGCUCCUGCAGGACGCCCUCCGCAUCUCACAGAACUUCUUGUCCAGCAUUAACGAAGAGAGCACGCCUCGCCGCCAGUCCAUGACAGUGAAGAAGGGAGAGAACCGUCAGCUGUUGAAGGAUGGCUUCAUGGUGGAGCUUGUGGAAGGGGCUCGGAAACUACGCCAUGUUUUUCUCUUCACUGACCUCCUGCUCUGUGCCAAACUGAAGAAACAGAUUGGAGGGAAGAGCCAGCAGUAUGACUCCAAGUGGUACAUUCCUCUCUCUGACCUCACUUUCCAAACAGCAGAGGAGUCUGAGCCACUGCCUAUCCCGCAAGCCCCUGAUGAGGAGCUGGAUGCCAUUAAGAUUAAAAUCUCGUCCCUGAGGAGUGAGAUCCAGAGAGAGAGGAGGGCCAACAAAGGGUCAAAGGUCAUGGAGAGGCUGAAAAAGAAGCUGUCUGAACAGGAAUCGCUGCUGCUGCUGAACUCGCCUAACAUGCCCCUCAGAGUAUACAACCGCAAUGGAAAGAGCUACAUGUUUCUGAUCUCAUCAGACUACGAGCGUGCUGAGUGGAAGGAAGUGAUCCGAGAACAGCAGAAGAAAUGCUUUAAGACCUUCAGCCUGACGUCCAUGGAGCUUCAGAUGCUCACAAACUCUUGUGUCAAACUCCAGACGGUCCAUCAAUUACCCCUCACUGUCAAUAAAGAGGAGGAUGAAUCUACUGGACUGUAUGGAUUCUUGAAUGUAAUUGUCCAUUCUGCCUCUGGACUUAAACAGAGCUUAAAUCUGUAUUGCACAUUAGAGGUGGACUCGUUCGGCAUCUUUGUGAAUAAAGCCAAAACAAGAGUGUACAGAUACACCACAGAACCUAAGUGGAAUGAGGAGUUUGAAAUCGAGUUGGAGGGCUCUCAGACAUUACGUCUACUGUGUUACGAGAAGAGUUACAACAAAGCUAAGAUGAACAAGGAGGAUGGAGAGAGCACGGACAGAAUUAUGGGCAAAGGACAGAUCGCGUUGGAUCCUCAGAUGCUCCAGGGGAAAGACUGGCAGAGAACAGUCAUCCCUAUGAAUGGGAUCGAGGUGAAGAUAUCUAUGAAGUUCACUAGUCGGGAGUUCAGCCUGAAGAGAAUGCCCUCACGGAAGCCCAUGGGUGUGUUUGGAGUAAAUAUCUCCACAGUGACAAAACGGGAACGCUCUAAAGUGCCCUACAUCGUCAGACAGUGUCUAGAGGAAAUCGAGAGAAGAGGAAUGGAGGAAGUGGGCAUCUACCGUGUCUCAGGAGUGGCCACUGACAUCCAGGCGCUCAAGACUGCCUUUGACACCAAUAAUAAAGACGUGUCAGUAAUGAUGAGUGAGAUGGAUGUGAACGCCAUUGCCGGAACACUGAAGCUGUACUUCAGGGAGCUUCCAGAGCCCCUGUUCACCGACGAGCUCUACCCUAACUUUGCAGGAGGCAUUGCUCUUUCAGACAGUGUAGCUAAGGAGAGCUGUAUGCUGAACCUCCUGCUUUCUCUACCAGAGCCAAACCUGGUCACCUUCCUCUUCCUGCUGGAUCAUCUCAAGAGGGUUGCAGAAAAGGAAAGUGUAAACAAGAUGUCUCUUCACAAUCUGGCCACCGUGUUUGGCCCGACCCUGCUACGACCUGCUGAGAAGGACAGCAAAAUCCCCACUAACCCCACGCAGCCUAUCACGAUGGGGGACAGCUGGUCACUGGAAGUCAUGUCACAGGUGCAAGUUCUGCUGUAUUUCCUUCAGCUGGAGACCAUCCCGACGCCGGACAGUAAGAGACAGAGUAUCCUGUUUUCCACAGAGGUCUAAAGGAAUAUUCCUAAUGUAAGUCUCACACCAGUGGGAGAGGGAGCAAGCGAGCAUGUCCACCCACUGGGUAUAACGGACACUGGAAUGCACAAGAGCAUCUCCUCCUAGGCAAAAGCAGGAGUGCUUCGCCUUUCGCGCAUUUUCUAGCUGUCGCCACUAGAGGGCCGUUACUCGACUUACUCUGAGCACAUCUUGAAUAUACUGAACCCUCCAUGUAAACCGCCUAUUUUCUUCUGAACAUCAGUGUCCUUCGAUCUUCAUUUGGUGACUCCUCAGAUCCCCGAGCAUGCUCUCGCGUCCUCUACUGGUCAUUCCUAUGAGCUGGUGACAGUUCUGGCUUUUUUGUGUUCGUCCUCAUUUCGCCUGUCCCCACUGGUCACUGAUGCGCUUUCUGUGCUGCUACAAUCCAGUAUCCAGCUCCAGAUUUUGGAUCCUUUUAUACGAUAGAUAAUUCAACGUAGUUCUUAAAGACAAAUGGAUAGCUUCUGUUAGUAUGUCAAUCAUUCAAAAGACAUAAUUUAGGAUUUCUUUGUAGAAGAUGGUGUUUGCUUCAGUUCUUGUCAGUGUUGAUGUGAUUCUAAUUUAAGAAACAAACAAAAAUAAUGGAGAAAAAUCACAAUAUUAUUUAAUUUCCCUUCUUUUUUGACCCAUACCUCUCUAUCAAGCAAUAUUUAAGCAGUGUGUUUAACAUAUGAUACAUUUCAUUAUGCUUUCGUAGUCUUACAAUACAUUGCCAAAAGGGUCAAUAUAUUUUUCUUUAUCCUGAUUUUUUUUUUUAUGUAAUACAUAUAGAGUAAUUAUUAUUUAUUUGGGGACCGAUAUCAACAUCAGUGUCUUUUCGAAGUACGUUAUCGCUAACUUAUCCGUGUUACGAAGUACUGUAGAUUCCUUACAUAUCCUGUCUUAUUGAAUCCGUUCAGCAUUUGAAAAUGCUCAGAGGAUAGCACACAUUAGCAUUUCCCCUGCCGUAUAUCUAGUGUUGAGAGAUGACCAAACGGAGAGGUUUUUAAACUCUACCCUGUCUUUCACAUCCGCUCUCUCUCUAGCUUCACAGCACACUGUGGUUUAUGUCUCGCUGAGAACCAUACAGCAGUGCCUCUCUGUCUCACCGUAAGACAUUAAGGUUAAAAAAAAAGACAACGCUGUAUAUAGCACAAUCUGUUAUCCUUGAAUCAGAUGGAAGGGUUAAUAAUGGAUGCAGUACAGGAACAGUACAGGUAUUUUGUCUUUAUAGCAAUUCUGUUAAUUGUAUCACUAAAAAUGAUUGCUCUUAAGUUUAAAAUUUCAGUUAAAGGUGCUUUAGUUACUUUAUUUAACAUGCAGGCAUGUUUUUUAAUUUUUUUUUAUGUUUGUUUUGUUUGGUAAGUGUUUGUGCGUUUACGUUAAACCAAAUUCUGGCUACUGUAGAAGGAUUUUAUCAUGCAUACAAAAAGGGGUGCAACGAAUGAAAAGGAAUUUCUGUUUAUCCACCAUCUGAAGUCUUUUUUUAAUAAUGUGUGCAGUAAGAGUGCGUCUUUUCAUCUCGUCUGUCCUCUUUCUUGAUUGUCGGCACUAAAUGUACAUUUCCUGUAUCUUGCACCUGUCCUAAAUUCAGCAUCACACGUGCGUUCCUGCUUUAUGAAACUUUUGACGUAAAUCAAACUGUGAUCUAUUGCUAUCAAAAGGCAUUAGGUGAUUCAAAGCAUUCCUGUUGUGUUUUUUAGAUUGUUGAAUGUUACUGAGUUCAAUGGGAAUGAUACAGCGCGUUAUGUUUGAGAAGCGAUUUCUUUGCACUGCACAUGUGAUUAAAUUUCUCUAAAACGAGAUUGUAUCACACAGUAGGAAACACUUCAAACAGAUUCAUCAGAUUUUCUGUGUUUUACAUAAUAAUAAAAUUUAUUUGUGUCCACAAAGCAUAACCGUUUUGAAAUGAUUGGUUGAGAAAGCACUGCAAGUGUCAUCCAUUGUAAUUGUUAUGAUGAUUUAUGUUGAAACCUUGCCUUUAAACACAUGAA